CGGCGUCUGUCCUGUCUCUCUUCCGCAGCCCCCAUGUCCUUCCGGCGGGAGCUCCGCGCGCUGCGCUACGUUCAGCGAGGAGACGUUCUGAGACUGAAGUCGUACAUCAGGCGGCAUCGCCACCUGCGCCUGGAUGAGCCGAUUUCCGAUGGGCAGAGCCUGCUGCACGCCGCCUGCACCGCCCGGGGGGAGGCCUGUGCCCUUCUCUUACUCCGCAAAGGAGCAGAUCCCCUAAAAUGUGAUGCAGCUGGAAACAAUGCCCUUCACGUGGCUGCAAAGGAAGCCGAAAGGGGAGAGCUGACCGCGUACACAGACCUGGUGGUCCCAAUUCUCAGACGCUGCCCUCAGGCUCUCGAUGCCCCGAAUCGUCAUGGCACAACACCACGAGACAUCCUUCGACGGGUAGAGGAGCUGAUGGAUUUGAAUUCACAGAAAGACCAGAAGUCGCCCAAAGAUCUCAAUUCUACAGAAUCUUCGGAGUGGAGAUGGAAGCUUCUGGCAGAGAGUAUGGAUGAAUAUCAGGAGGCGUUUGGCCAGUAUGAGGAUGACUUUUCAGAGGAACCUCCUGAAGUUGAGACCUUUGAGUCCUGGGCUGAUCGGAUCUUCCGGGAGUAUCACGCUAAGGCGUCCAGAUCGCAAGGGACCGUGUUGCAGGUACAGCAAACGAAAGCGAAGGCUACACAGAGGAAUGUGGAGGAGCAGAAGUACCAAGAGAGACAGCAGCAAAGGGAAAAAGAGCUGAGCCGGGCCCAGAAUGAGCGAUACCAGCGCCGCUGUCAGGAGGUGUUUGAAAGGAAGGCUGGAGAUGGCCAAAUGGUGGGCCCGGGAAAGGAAGAGAACAAAGCCAGCCGUAGACCCGUCGACCCCGAGACCGGCGUCCGUUUGCUGGGUUACAAUGACAUCCCGUGGCCUGUGCCUGGUGGGACGGCAGAGCAGAUGGCGCAGGCCCUAGCAGCAGGCGCUGACUCUUCAGACCCCGAGGCGUAUAAACGUUACCUACGGACCCAACGGGUCACGUGGCAUCCUGACCGCUUCUUCCAGAGAUGUGGAGCGCGCCUGUGUUUGGAGGACAGAGAGCGAGUGCUGAGGACGGUCACAGCCCUGUCCCAGGAACUUAACCGACUCGCAGAACGCGCAAAGUGAUACCCUGCAGUCAUUGGAUGUAAAUAUAUAAACACUUUAAUGUGUUUUACUAUGAGGAGAUGUUGUGUACUGGUCUUGUAUGACGCGUCAUUUGCAGUCUUCACAUUGAAUCUCCGCUGUCCUGUUACAUUUCUCUCUGUUUAAUACAUUUGCGUAUGUUAAUAUA